AUGACUUCCACCUUCAUCAGAUCCUCCUACCCUCUGGGCACCAUCAAGGCUCAUGGAACAACCAAUGUCUCCAUUUCCUCCACUGAUGUUGGAGGCCGGCCUGGGAAAGGGGUCAAGGCAGGCUCCCUGUGCUUCUCGGCCACCCUGGCUCAUGCCAACCGAGUCCGUGUUGGGUCCACCCCUCUGGGCCGACCCAGCCUCUGUCUGCCCUCCAGUUGCCACACUGCUUGCCCCUUGCCAGGGACCUGUCACAUUCCAGGCAACAUUGGAAGCUGUGGGCCUUAUAGUGAAGGUUCCCUGAAUGGCCAUGAGAAGGAGACCAUGCAGUUUCUGAAUGACCGCCUGGCCAACUACCUACAGAAGGUACAACAGCUGGAGCAGGAGAAUGCAGAGCUGGAGACUAAGAUCCGAGAGUCUAGCAAAUGCCCAGAGACCAACGUGUGUCCAGACUACCAGUCCUACUUCCAGACUAUUGAGGCUCUCCAGCAGAAGAUCCUGUGCAGCAAGGCUGAGAAUGCCAGGUUGAUCACACAAGUUGACAACGCAAAGCUGGCUGCCGACGACUUCAGAAUCAAGCAUGAGAGUGAGCUCUCCCUGCGUAAGCUGGUGGAGGCGGACAUGUGUGGGAUGCACAAGCUCCUGGAUGACCUGAGCCUGGCCAAGGCCGACCUGGAAGCCCAGCAGGAGUCCCUGAAGGAGGAGCUGUUUUGCCUCAAGAGCAACCAUGAGCAGGAAGUGAAUACUCUUAAGUGUCAGCUAGGGGACAAGCUCCGGAUCGAGCUGGACACUGAGCCCACCACAGACCUGAACAGGGUGCUGGGGGAGAUGCGGUGCCAGUACGAGGCCAUGGUGGAGACCAACCGCCAGGAUGUGGAGCAGUGGUUCCAAGCUCAGUCUGAAGGCAUCAGCCUGCAGGCCAUGUCCUGCUCCGAGGAGCUGCAGUGCUGCCAGUCAGAGAUCCUGGAGCUGAGAUGCACGGUGAACACUCUGGAGGUUGAGCGCCAAGCCCAGCAUACUCUGAAAGACUGCCUGCAGAACUCUUUGUGUGAAUCCGAGGCCCGCUACAGCACUGAGCUGGCCCAGAUGCAAAGCCUGAUCAGCAGUGUGGAGGAGCAACUGGCCGAGAUCCGGGCUGACCUGGAGCGGCAGAACCAGGAGUACCAGGUGCUGCUGGAUGUCAGGGCCCGGCUGGAGGGUGAGAUCGCCACAUACCGGAACCUUCUGGAGAGCGAGGACUGCAAACUUCCUUGCAAUCCAUGUGCCACCCCUGCCUCCUGUGUGCCACCUCCCUGUGCUCCUCAUCCAAGCUGUGCCCCCCACACCUCUCGUGGACCUAGUUCAGCCUGUGGAGCCAGUACUGGGAGCCGAUUCUGA